AUGACAACCUUUCGUCCGGUUGAAGAGUUCGUUUUCGAGUACGACAUCCGCGAAGAGCUCGGAACCGGGAGAUUUGGGAGCAUUUGGCGAUGCACCCAUCGCGCAACGGGAAAAGAUUUUGCGUGCAAGCGCGUUUCGGGGCAACCGGACGCGUUGCGAGCCGCAGCCAACGAGAUUCGCGCUCUUACGAUCAUGGACGGAAGCCAGCACGUCGUUUCCUUUCACGCCGUCUUCCGUAACCCUAAAUCAAACACCCUGUACAUAAUCUUGGAUUUUGCUACAAACGGCGAUCUGCAGGGCCUUGCGCACGCGAACGGCGCUUUGCCGGAGUGGGAAGCGCGACGGCUGUUCAGAGAUUUGGCGCAAGGAGUGAAGGAGUGCCACGAUCGCGGCGUCAUGCACCGCGAUAUCAAACCAGACAACGUGCUUCUCUUCUCGCGCGCGUCCGAGCCGGACGAUCCCGCUGCAUCCUCGCUACAAGAAGCUCCGAAACCGCGUCCCAACCCUCACUCGUUCUCGUCUAAUACAUCCUGCGGGUCAUCCCAAACAUAUGCGAUGAUUGACCUGAACCAGGACGACUUUUCUGAUCCGAACAGCCGUGCCUCUCCGACCGGCCCUCUUUCUCCAAACGUUCCUCCUUCGCCGAGGCGACCUGGCCAGGACCGAUUCGUUGUGCCCCAAGCAGACGGCGCGCGGGAAGGGGAAACAGAAGCAGAGAUCAUUGCGAAGCUCGCGGAUUUCGGGAGUUCUGUCGUCGUGAAGCCGUGGCAACGCACUCAGGGUUUCGUGGGGAGUCUUCCGUACGCCGCACCAGAGGUUUUGGCGGGGAAGAAUUAUUCGUUUUCGGCCGACGUGUGGAGUCUUGGCGCGACGCUCUUUGCGAUCCUCUCCUGCCGCUGGCCCACGGUGAUCAACGUUGACUUGAAAGGCACCCUGUUUGGAGUCUUCCUCCCUGCCUUCUUCCCUUCUCCCUACUUAAAACACACUCUUCGUUCCUCUCGCCCCCCACCCCCUCCUUCCCGUCUCCUUUCGGUUCCCCCCUGCCUUCUCCCCUUCGUCGAAUGUGCGGUGCUGUAUGGUGCUGCACGCUGUGUCGAGUCAUGGAUGCAGCAGAGCUCUGUCAAGGCACCUUCACAUCUCCCUCUCACCCCGCUGAACCCGUCUCCACCCCUCCUGAAUCCCCACCGCACAGCUGUGUCGAGUCCUGGAUGCUGCAGAGCUCUGCCGGAACGUGCACCCCAACAGGUAAGCAACUUUCGAGAUGUCUCCAAACCCAACAGGGAGUUCGUUGACGCAGCGAAUGAGGCAUUUGUGAAGCUGUCAACAUAUGUGCAGGCCCUCAACUCCAACCAGCAGCUGUACCGGCUGCUAGUCGCUGCCAUCCAAGCCAUGCCACCCGCACCCGCCGCCUCUGCCUCCUCUCCGUCGCCCGGUCACAACUCUCGCUCACAGGGGGCUGUGAGGGCAGCAGGAGCGGGAGGGGAGAGGGAGGAGGUGCUGAGGGAGGCUCACCGGGUGGCUCAGCUGCUGCGGCUGGACUUUGAACGAGGAGGCGUGCACCUCCCUGAUGGUGAGGGCUCUAGGGUAAAAGGACUCUUGGGACACCGCAGGGAGGAGGUGCAGCGACUGACAGGGGAGAUUACUCACACUUCAAUAGAGUUCAACGCCAACAUCCACUCGGACUCGGCCUCCAUUGAGGUCUUUCCGCGCAGUGCCCUGCAUGCGUUGCCUCCCAACGUGCAUGCCAUGCUGCAACCCAUUCAGCGCAGCAAGGGUAGAGGAAGCACCAGUGGCAGCAGCAGCAGCAGCAGCAGCGACAGCAGCAGCAGCAGCAGCAGCAGCAGCAGCAGCAGCAGCAGCAGCAGCAGCAGCAGCAGCAGCAGCAGCAGCAGCAGCAGCAGCAGCAGCAGCAGCAGCAGCAGCAGCAGCAGCAGCAGCAGCAGCAGCAGCAGCAGCAGCAGCAGCAGCAGCAGUAGCAACAGCAGCGACAGUGGUCUAUGUACAGGCAGCAGUAGCUCUAGGAUCACUAGUAGCAUUGAUCCUCCCCACAGUAGUGCCGUGGAGAGAACAGAAGGCAGGGAGAGUGUGGAUAACGGGAGCAAUGGCACCAGCAGCAGCAGCAGCAGCAGCAGCAGCAGCAGCAGAUCUAGCAGUAGUGGCGCGGCCAAGGAGCUAGGGUACAAGGUGUUUUCAGACCCGUUGGUCACAUCGUCCGUGCUCAAAUGGGUGGACGAUGAGGAGGUGCGCCGGCGUGUAUACAUCUUAGCCAACGCCGCCCCCGGAUCCAACCUGCAUCAGCUGGACCGUCUCAUUGACCUGCGCUCACAGCUCGCCAAGGAACUAAGCUUCCCAUCAUACGCGCAUCUCAUCAACGCUCCCCUCAUGGCCAGAACACCCGACACCGUCGACUCUUUUCUGCACAACCUAGGCGCACAGCUCACACCCAAGGUCUUCCAGGAGCUGCAGCAGCUGGGGGCGCUGAAGAGGCAGCACAGAGGGGAGAGGGGCGCGAGCAGAGGAGCGGGCAGCAGCAGCAGCAGUGGUGAGGGGGACUCCUUAGUGCUGCACGCGUGGGAUCGGUCUUUCUACUCUGGGCUUGCUAAGGCCAGGCGCUUCCACCUCGACUCACGAGUGAGCGGUGGGGAGGGGUUGGUUGGAAGGAAGGGGUUGGAUGGAGCAUGGAAGGUUCUUCUGUUGCUGGUGCUGUUGCUGUUGCUUCUCAGGUGUCCCUUCCCCGCUCCCACAGACGGUUUUUGCCGCUCCCAUCCGCUCCCAUCAUGCAACACCCACCACCAGGUGAUCUCGUCCUACUUCCCGCUCCACGCGUGUGUGCGCGGCAUGGCCGUGCUGGUCAAGUCUCUCUUCAACGCCCACCUAGAGCCCGUCCCCACCGCACCUGGGGAGGUCUGGGCGCCGGACGUGACCAAGUUCUCGCUCACACACGUGGACCAGGGCCCUCUGGGGUUCAUUUAUCUGGACCUGCACCCGCGGAGGGGCAAGUUCUCCCAUGCGGCGCACUUCACGAUUCGCUGUGGCCGCAGGAAGCACCUGCCGCUGGACAGCAAAGGCCACCUGCUGUCGUUCCCUUCCUCCUCCUCCUCUGCCUCCACGGGCUCUCACAGUAGCAGCAGCAGCAGCGGUGAUGACUACCAACUGCCGGUGGUGGCGCUAGUGUGCAACUUUGCAGCGUCCUCGCGCUCCUCACCGUGCCUGCUGGCACACCAUGAUGUGGAAACGCUCUUCCACGAGUUCGGCCACGCGCUGCACUCGCUGCUCUCCCGCACCGCCUUCCAGCAUCUAUCAGGAACAAGAGCAGCACUGGACUUUGUGGAAGUGCCCUCCAACCUGCUAGAGUACUUUGUGUGGGACCAUCGCUUCCUGGAUCAGUUCGCGGUGCACCACUCCACAGGCGAGCCCAUUCCGCGCUCCCUCGUGGACUCCCUAAGGGCCUCCAAGUCCAUGCUCGCUGCCUCCGACCUCCAGACACAGGUAGUCUACUCCCUCAUGGACCAAGCCUAUUUCGGGGUAAACCCCCCGCGCCCCACAUCCUCAUUACUAACGCCCUCGCUAUCGUCACAAGCAGCUGCUGCAGCCAUGUCAGCAGGAGCAGCAGUAGCAGGUGGUGGUGGUGCUGGUGGUGGCGGCAGCAGCGGUGGGAGUGGAAGGGACACAACAGCAGUUAUGGCGGAGCUGAUGGGGAGAUACAUGGGUGUGGCACAUGUGCCUGGCACGUACUGGCAGUCCCGCUUUGCACAUCUCACGGCCUAUGGUGCAGGUUACUACACCUACAUUUAUGCCAAAUGUUUCGCAGCGCAGCUUUGGAGGCGCCUCUUUGAAGAAGACCCUCUCAAUCCAGAGGCAGGAGAGUUGUUACGUUCGCAUUUGUUACGCUACGGAGGGGCCGGGGAUCCUCGUACCCUUCUAGAAUCACUUUUGGGGCCCUCAGCUUUUGAUUUGAGCCAUGGAUCAAGAGGGAAUGGUGGUGGAGGUGCGGAGGCUGGAAAACUUGGGGAGAGUAAGAUGGGUGUUUGCCCAAGAACAGAUGAGCUUCUAGAAGAUAUGGAGGUGUAG